AUGUCCAGCCCCCUGCAAAUACAGUCCAGACGAGGACAGCAACUGUGGACGAACGCUCCGUUCGCUCUCAUCACGGACACCGGCAUAAAUGCCCGCCCAGAAGUCCCACGAGACCAUUAUGCCUACGAGCUGGCUCGCAUGAUGGCGCACAUCCACAAUUUGCUCCUCCGCGCCCUCAACGCCUCGUAUAACCAGUGUUUGUCGAUACGCCCGGACACCCCCGAGACGCGAGACUUCCUCCUCUUCAACCAGUGCCUUUACUCCAUGCUGAAAAGUCACCAUAACCUGGAAGAAGAGUCCCUGUUUCCGGCGUUCAGCAAAGUAACCGGCAAUCCCGACGUGAUGGCAGUCAACGUGCAGGAGCACAAGCACUUCGAGACGGAACUGCAGAAUUUCCGGGAUUAUAUUUUCGACACGGACCCGAAGGCCUACAGUGGUAUGGAGCUGAAAUCGCUUCUCGAGAGUCUCGGCCCGUUGGUCCAGGAGCACCUGCACCACGAGAUCGCGACGCUGUUGGACCUCCAUGUAGUGGACAGCAAGGCCCUUAAGGGGGUGUUCGGCAUGGCCAAGAGGGGCUCAUCGGGCGAACCCCAUAACAUUUUCAAGUACGUAGCGGUUCGAUAG